GCGAGCAAAAGCAACGGACUGGAAAGCAAGGACGGAGAGGUCCAUUAUUUUUCUACGAAGGACUUAUUUCCUUUAAAAUGUGAAGAGGGCAGAAUGUGCCUGUCGGAAGUGUCCCUUGUGGCAGUGCUACCGGACUGCACUCCGCAAGCACCAGAGCCGUGAGCGACCAGGAGGGGCCAACCAUGACGCACCCCAACGCCAGCGGCGUGAGCUCCAACAUCAGCGACACCUUGGACGGCCUGGGCUCUGGCAACUUCUACCGUCCCUUCUCUGUGUUCAGCGUGUUGACGCUCACGCUGCUCGCCAUGCUGGUGGUGGCCACGUUCGUGUGGAACCUCCUGGUGCUGUUGACCAUCUUGAGGGUACGGACCUUCCACCGCGUGCCCCACAACCUGGUGGCGUCCAUGGCGAUCUCGGAUGUGAUGGUGGCGGCGCUCGUGAUGCCCCUCAGCCUGGUCCAUGAGCUGAACGGGCGUCUGUGGAAACUGGGCAGGGUCCUCUGCCAGGUGUGGAUCUCCUUCGACGUCCUCUGCUGCACGGCCAGCAUCUGGAACGUCACCGCCAUUGCCCUGGACCGCUAUUGGUCGAUCACCAGGCACCUGGAAUACACUCUGAAAACCAGGAAGAGGAUUUCCAACGUGAUGAUCGCCCUCACCUGGCUUCUGUCCUCGGUCAUCUCCCUGUCGCCACUCUUUGGCUGGGGGGAGACUUACUCUGAGGGGGCGUUGGAAUGCCAGGUGAGCCAGGAGCCUUCCUAUACCAUCUUCUCCACCUUCGGAGCUUUCUACCUGCCGCUGUGUGUGGUGCUGUUUGUCUACUGGAAGAUCUACAAGGCUGCCAAGUUUCGCAUCGGCUCGCGCAAGAACAACACCAUCACGCCCAUGGCUGAGGUGAAGGAGGCCUCCCGGCAGCCCCAGAUGGUCUUCAACGUCCGCCACGCCACCGUUACAUUCCAGACAGACGGCGACACGUGGCGCGAGCAGAAGGAGAAGAAGGCGGCCCUCAUGGUGGGCAUCCUCAUCGGGGUCUUCGUCCUGUGCUGGAUCCCCUUCUUCAUCACGGAGCUCAUCGUGCCCCUCUGCUCCUGUUACAUCCCGCCCAUCUGGAAGAGCAUCUUCCUCUGGCUGGGCUACUCCAACUCUUUCUUCAACCCGCUCAUCUACACGGCCUUCAACAAGAACUACAACAACGCUCUGAGGAACCUGUUCUCUCGCCAGCGUUGA